AUGUCUCCUUUCCAGCAGAGUCAAACAAAGCGUCGAAGUGCUGGUCCAGCGCCGGGAGCAGUUCCAAUUAUGCCGGGUAUUGCCCAACCGGUGACUCCGAAAGAACGGCCACAACCCAGAGAGGAGCUACCAGCAAGUCCACCUCCGGCACCAGUGUCUGUUCUGCCUCCCAUUGGACAAGGAGCCUCGCACACUCCAUCAGUUCCACCUGCUUCUUAUGUUAAUGCAACACUUGCUUGCGAACUUCGACGUCCUCCCUCCAGUGACGAGGAGGAGAAUAACGAUGCCGAAUGGGAAGAGGAAGACGUUGGUCCGAAGGCAGAGUCUCAUGCAAGACCAUCAGCAGCACCUCCAAGUACUCCUUCCGUUCCUGUUGCAGAGGAGGUGAGUGUUGAUUGCAAAAGCUUAUUUCGAAACAUGAUUGCUAGGAGUAGAUUUUUGAGUUUAUGGCAAGACCGCCGAAGUGACUUUUAG